UGUAAUGGCAGAGUACUUGAACGAUGAUUUAGAGUAUAUUGUUGAGGACUAUCACGACAUGGGUGAAUUUGAUGAUGAGUUUGAGAUGAAUGGCCAACAAAGUGAAGACCGAGAUGCUGACCUUGUGGAAGACGAGGACGCGACCAAGCAAACGAAUGACACAUCAGCCUCUGAGUACAGAAAGGGGAAGGAUAUUCAAGGAAUACCAUGGGAAAGAUUGAAUCAUCGUAGGGAGAAGUACCGUGAAAUAAGGUUGAAGCAGUACAAAAAUUAUCGUAACCUUCCAAGAACCCGAGAUGAAUUGGAAAAGGAAUGCAAGCAAGUGGAGAGGUCAUGCACUUUUUAUGAUUUUCACUUCAACACGAGGCUUGUCAAGUCAACUAUCGUGCAUUUUCAGGUACCAAUCUUCCCCUGCAGUUCCUUUCCAAGUUUCUCAUUUGAUAGUUUGUCAAGUAAUAUUGAAGUGUCAAUCAUAGUCCAUGAUCUGGGUCUGAUUAGUUUAUAAUCAGACUAGGUAUAUUUUCACUAGUUGGGCAGCCAUCUUUGGUGUCUCAUAUCUCAGUGAUAAUCAAUUGGGACUUUCUAAGAUGCACUAUAUAAUAUAACUUUUAGUAAAUAUUGUGCUUUUUAAUUUGUUCAGCUGUUUCUAUUUUUAGCUGAACUUUAUUUUUCCUUUUGAUGGGUGAGUUUUAACAAUUCUAGUGCACCUUUACAAUAGCAAUUAAAUAUUGCAUAUAUGGUGCAAUGCCAUGCCAGCUAACCAAACUGGAAUUGUUGCAAUUGCAUUAAAAUUGAAGCUCUUUCCUUGCGUAAACAAUGUUCAUAUGUAUGGCCCACUGGAGAUACCUGCAUACGUUGGUCAGCUUGUACAAGGGGUUGGCAUUACUUGCAUUCAUUGAUUUAGUAAAACUGGACUUGGAAGGCUUAAUUUAUAGCCUUAAAAAUGCAGUAUUGUUGAUAUGCCAGCAUCAAUAUUCUGUUAUUUGUUGAGUCUUAUAGUUUUGCAGGUUGUCAAUACUUGUUAAUUAGUAUAUGGAAUUAUAGUUCGACUAGCUAGCUCUGUGACCUUAAUGAAGCAUUUGCAUCAUCAGGCAUCAUUUUUUUUAGGAAGGUAAGGUUUCUCUUUUAUGUGAAAGUUAGCAUCAAAUACUUCAGUGUUCGGUAGAUGGUCAUGUUCCUUUCCUUUCGCUAUUUGCUAAAGAUAGGUUCAUUCACCAUUAAUCAAUUUGCUAAAUUCAUUUUAUUGUAUUUGACAAUGCCUGUUCUACUAACUUUUUAAUUUUUAGCAGUUCGAAUCUGGAGGGGAAUGCUAAAACAUCAUUUAUGAAACAGAUGUGCUUGCAUUAUAAGGGUGACAAAUUUCUUACAAAGAUCUCCAUAGCACCAUAGCACUAUUUGAAGUAAAAUUACCUUGCAUAUCAUUCUUGGGCCUUUUCCACAAUUUCCUUGCAUUCUCUAAUUGUUUGAUAUAGGAAUUGCAUUAUUCAGACACUUUCAAGAGAAUCAAGGUUUUAGGAAGUUGUUUGUGAUGCAUUUGACUAGGAGUUGAAGAUUGUGUUUUUUCUAAUACUGUGAUCGUUGUACCGAGUUUGUCGCAUCAUACAGUUCAGUCCAGAAGUUUAACAAGUUGAAUUGUAGGUAUAAUGUAAUUUGUAAUUUUUUCCCCUCUUUUGCAGCAUUUUUUUUUCCCUCAUAAUUGUUGGCUGGCAACAAAUCAAUCCAUUCUCUAGCAACUGUUGUCAUAUACCAGCCUGGUUAAACUCAGUUCUCUCUAAUUCUUACUGAUUCCUUAAUUGCUUUGCCGCAGAAGUCCUUUUUUUUUUUGUAACUUUGAUAUUGCCUGGUUUCUUACACUGUACUAUUUUGUAGAUAAUGUGAGCUUAAGGGUCCAACUUUUGCAGGAUUUUGUAUCAUCAUGUGAUGAAGUUUUCUAGUUAUUACUGCUUGUGGACUGUAUGCUUGGCCAACUUAUUCACCGGUUGCAGGCUUCUGCCUUUAUGGAUGUGUAAUCUUUACUGCAGUUAUAUAUUGUGUUUUUAUGCCUUACACAGUGUUACGGAGAUCGCUUUUUUUUUCAUGAACUUUUAGUUAUAUGAUGAUGUGAUUAACCCCUCCUCUGAUAACUAGGAGUGGACUGCCAUAUAAUAUUUUUUGUCAGGAAAUAAAAGCGGGGUGGAAGUGCAUUCUGAGCAGCCAGCGCUAUAAGGGGACCUUUUGCAUAUGCUGAGGAAUCUACUGUGGGCGACAUCAAAACAUGAUGUCUACACGAUGCAAAACUAUGCAGUCAUGCACUGGUCAUCACUGCUUCGAAGGGGCAAAGAAGUCCUAAACGUGGCUGGACAAAUUAUACCUGCUAAGAAGUACCCUGGUUCCUCAGCCCAAUCACUAUCAAGGGUACUGAUAAGUUCCAUGGUUGUAAAGGACAACUUAAUGGCAGCUGGUGGUUUUCAAGGCGAGCUUAUUUGCAAGUAUUUGAAUCAGUCAGGAGUGGCUUUCUGUACAAAGAUAACUAAUGAUGCCAAUGCCAUCACCAACACAGUAGAUAUCUAUCAAUCUUCUAAUGGCUCAACCCAAGUGAUGACUGCGAACAAUGACUGCUGCGUGAGGGUGUUUGACAUCGAGAAGUUUGUGCUCCUUAAUCACCUAUCCUUUUCGUGGUCCGUUAAUAAUACUUCUGUUAGCCCAGAUGGCAAGCUUCUUGCUGUUCUUGGGGACAACACUGUCUGCCUGCUAGCAGAUUCUCAAUCUGGAAAAGUGAUUGGAGAUCUUAAAGGUCAUUCAGACUACUCCUUCGCAUCGGCUUGGCACCCUGAUGGCCACAUCCUGGCCACUGGGAAUCAAGACAAGACAUGCCGUCUGUGGGAUGUGAGGAACCUAUCUCAGUCCUUCGCCGUGCUUAAAGGGAGGAUGGGAACAAUACGAGGCAUCAAGUUCUCAGCGGAUGGCAGGUUCAUGGCAAUGGUGGAGCCGGCAGAUUUUGUUCACAUAUACGACACUAGGGCUGAUUAUGGCCAUGCUCAAGAGAUUGAUUUGUUUGGAGAGAUCGCUGGUAUAACGUUCAGCCCGGACACAGAGGCACUGUUUGUAGGUAUAGCAGACCGCACUUAUGGGAGCCUACUGGAGUUCAGAAGGCGGCACCGGUUCCAUUACCUGGAUACGUUUCUCUGACGACGGUCUGGAUGAACGGUGUUGAUGCUUUCUCUGCUUUGAUGAACUGUCGUCUCUAUUUCUGGUCCCGGAUUGUGCAUAACUACAUAGGAUCGGGCUCUUGGUAAACAUGCGUUGGUGCUUUGUAACGACGAUGCUGCCAUGAAAAAAAAUCCUGUGGGUUUUGGGAGGAUGAACGCGGUGACAUGCUUGGCGGAGGAUUUUUUUUUUUUUGUUUUUUUGGCUGCUUUGCGAAGCGUUAUUGUUAAACGUUAGAUUUUGCAGUGCUGCGAGUAGUAGUAGUGAGAUAACGUUACACAGGUGACGGAGGUAUUUAUUCCUCGAGUCUGUAUAAAUUUAGAGGUCGAUUAUUAGGAUGCAUUGCAUCAUGGCUGGGUUCUUGGAUCUGCUGGGGUUAAACUGCUUGAUGUUUGCUGGUUCUAAGUUUGCUUUUGCCGCAAAACAAGCCAGGCUCCAAAAUCUUGUUUAUUCGGUUUUGGAAAUGAGCGGAGCUUGGGCAGACCGGUGCGAAAGCAUCGGGAAAGUUUUGCUUGGUUCAAUCAAAGCACGGGUCGUUG